AUGCCCUCCCUGCGAGUCGCAUUGGGAUCGGCUGCGCUUGCCUCAAACAGGCCGUUGUUCGCUGCGUGGCUGUUCUUCGCUGCACUUCCAGGCGCAGCGCUGGCGACGCCAUCCUCCUCGCCAUCACAGUGCAAGCAGUUUUGCGAGAGCAAACCGCAGGGCUGGGACACGGUCUGCUCGUGGGACGGCUGCGGCGGUUGCAGCGAAUGCUACGUCCCGCCACCGACAGCAAGCCCGCCACAAUGCCAGGGCUUCUGUGCAGCAAAGACGCAACCCUGGGACGCCCGGUGCAGCUGGACCGGCUGUGGCGGCUGCACCGAGUGCAUGCUUCCUCCGCCGCCCCCUCCCACGCUGGCGUGCAAGGCAUUCUGUGAGGACAAGUCCCAGGCGUGGGACACCAAGUGCACCUGGGGGGGCUGCAACGGCUGCUCCGAGUGCUCUUCCCCUGCGCCGGAGUGCAAGCCGUUUUGUGAGGACAAGACCCAGGCCUGGGACACCAAGUGCACCUGGGGGGGCUGCAACGGCUGCUCCGAGUGCUCCUCCCCUGCGCCGGAGUGCAAGCCGUUUUGUGAGGACAAGACGCACGCCUCCUCGCCGAGCACCGCGCCCUCGCACGGUGUGCGAGAAUCCAAAUUGGUGUGCGGCGGCAUCAAGCUGCCCUGGUUGGGCGUACAGUUGCACAAGCAACCCUGA